AUGCAUGGUCAGUGUUACUCCACCUGGAGCUGUGUGGACUUCCCCGGAGUCCAUAACGCUUCCCUGAUGACCAUGGAGCAAUGCUGCAGCAGCCAGUGGGGAUUAAGUUGGAGAAAUGCCUCGGACCAGACCUGCUUAUCCUGCACCUACACUCUUCUGCCAGACUCGCAGUUGUCCCCGCUAGUACGCGGGGGUCUUCUGGGUAGCGUCAGGGCACCUCAAGGCUCAGCCACCUGCAUGUCCUGGGGUGGAUCGCACUUUCGCACUUUUGACAAGAAGCACUUCCACUUCCAGGGUGGCUGCACUUACCUGCUGGCCGCAUCUACUGAUGGGACCUGGGCAGUCUACAUCAGUACGAUGUGUGUCAGCUCAGGAAACUGCAGCAAGGCUCUGAGGAUGAUGAUGGGCCUUGAUUUGGUGACAAUUCACGACAGGAAUUUAACCCUCAACAACCUCCAUGUUCCAAAUGGGGAACCCAUCUUUCAAAAUGGUGUUAGUGUCCACUGGCUUGGAGAUUUUGUGUUUGUGGAGAGUGGCCUCGGGGUGAGGGUGAAGUUUGACCUGGUCAACAGCGUCUAUGUGACAGUAACGUCUGAGCAUCUAGCAGUCACGAGAGGGCUUUGUGGAAUCUACAACAACAACCAAAAUGAUGAUUUCACCACAAUGGGAGGAACCGUGUCUCAGUACGCUGCUAGCUUUGGCAACUCAUGGAAAGUUCCUGACCAGCAGAACGAAGGCUGCGCUGAUGCUGCGGAACUCGGACACAGCUGUGAUGUAACGGGAGACGCUGCCUUACGCAAGCAAGCAGAGUCCAUGUGUCAUCGACUACUAAAAAGCCCCUUCACCCAAUGCCACCCACGCCUGGACCCAGCAGCGUACCUAGAUACAUGCUUGUAUCUUUUUUGUAGCUUGCCACCCAAGGAGAGGGAAGCAGCAGUAUGUGACACUCUGGCGAGCUACGCACGAGAGUGUGCCCAGCAACAUGUCAUCGUUAUUUGGAGAGAAGGCGCCCUUUGUGCUCGGAUCUGCCCCAGAGGGCAAGUCUUUUCAGACUGCGUGUCCUCAUGUCCCCCUAGCUGCGCAUCCCCCCAACCCCCAGGACCGGCCGCAUCAGCGGGUCAAUGCCGGGAAGAGUGCGUUGGGGGGUGCGAAUGUCUUCCAGGACUCUAUCUUCACCAAGGACAGUGUUUAAAAAAAGAUGAUUGCCCUUGUUUCCACCGAAGGCAUACAUACCGGCCAGGAGACAAGAUACAGCAGAGAUGUAACACCUGUGUUUGUAGAGAAGGUCAAUGGCAGUGCACUGGGGAGAAAUGUGCUGCUCAGUGCAGUCUGAUGGGAGCGCUCCAUGUCACCACCUUUGACAAAAAAAGAUACUCAUUGCAAGGAGGGGAUUGUCCUUUUACCACUGUGGAGGAUUACGUUGACCGAAAGCUUGUGGUGACCGUGCGCUCGGGCGAAUGCACAGCAGGGGGAGGAGGUCUAGGUUGUCUCAUAGAAAUGACAGUCACAGCACUCCGCACCACAGUCACCAUCACAGACACUGGUACGGUGACAUUGAACGGUCAGAGGGAACCGUUACCUGUGGUGACCGCGGACCUGGUAGUCCGGAGGGCAUCGUCUGCCUUUCUCCUAAUUCAGACUUUUGGAGCUCAGCUUCUGUGGCACCUUGAUGGACCCCUCAUCAUUAUUACCUUGCAGCCUCAUUUCACAAACAAGGUACGCGGCCUUUGUGGAACACUGACUUGGAAUCAGCAUGAUGAUUUUAUGACCCCAGAAGGAGACGUGGAGAGCAGUGUGUCAUCCUUUGCCGGCAAAUUCACCACAGAACAUUGCACUCUGCCUGGAGGAGCCCCUCCGGACCCCUGCACCACUUACACCCAGAAGAGACACUAUGCUGACACCGUAUGCGCCAUCAUACACAGCACCGUAUUCCAGGCAUGUCAUGAUGUAGUGGAGAGAGAGCCCUAUUUCCGCCUGUGUCAAUCAGAAGUGUGCGGCUGUGCACUUCAGAAGGCUUGUCAUUGCACAGUUCUCACUGCUUAUGCCAGACGCUGUGCCCAGGAGGGCAUGGCUGUCCAGUGGCGUAACCAUACCUUCUGUUCCGUCCAGUGUUCCGGGGGUCAGGUGCAUCACGAGUGUGGUCAAGCAUGCGGCCGCAAGUGCUCCGACCUGCACCACGGCUGGAGCUGUGACCCCAACGGUAGUGGUGAUAAGCUAUGUGUUCCAGGUUGCCAGUGCCCUGCAGGAUUAGUGGAGGACCACCAAGGCCAGUGCGUGCCUCCUACGAUGUGCCCAUGUGUACAAGGAGACAAGACAUAUCUACCUGGGGAUAUCGUUCAGAACAGCUGUAACACCUGCAUGUGUGCGGAAGGACGCUUUAACUGCACGCAAGGCGCAUGUGAAGACGUCAACAAGUGUCCUGGCUCUCUGAUAUACGCGCCGCGUUCCUGCCUGCUCACGUGCUCCAGUUUGGACCCACCGAGCCAGCAGCAAGGUUCUGGCACGCUGAGUUGCAGAGAGCCCCUAUCUGGCUGUGUGUGCCCCCACGGAACUGUGCUACUUGGUGAUCAGUGUGUCCUACCUGCCGAGUGCCCGUGUCGCCAUAAUGGCCGCCUGUACUACAGCAACGACACCAUCACUAAAGACUGCAACACGUGUGUGUGUAAGGAGCGCCACUGGCACUGCAGCCAGUCGGCCUGCGCUGGCAUGUGUGUGGCUACCGGUGAUCCUCAUUAUGUGACCUUCGAUGGUCGCUACUUUUCUUUCUUGGGCGACUGCCAGUACGUGCUGGCGAGGGAGACCAGCGGCCUGUUCAGUGUCACGGCGGAGAACGUGCCCUGCGGAAGCACCGGGGUCACCUGUACAAAGUCCGUCACCCUCAGCCUUGGGAACACCAUCAUACACCUUUUGAGAGGUAAAGCAGUGACGGUUAAUGGGAUGCCAGUUACUCUACCCAAGACCUACAGCGGGAGUGGUCUGACUUUGGAAAGAGUGGGCAUCUUUGUGUCGUUGUCCUCCCGACUUGGAGUCACUCUGCUGUGGGAUGGAGGUAUGCGCGUGUACGUGCGUCUGGCCGCACACUUGAGGGGAAACGUCGGGGGGCUAUGCGGUAACUUCGACGGGGACACUGAGAAUGACUUCACCACGCGACAAGGCAUCGUAGAAUCCACCGCUGAGCUAUUUGGGAAUUCUUGGAAGGUCAGCCCAUCCUGCCCGGACGUGGCGGACCAAGAUCUGCGAGACCCUUGCACUGUUAACUUACACAGGGUACCGUGGGCCAGGAAAAAAUGUGGCAUCUUGACUCAGGAGCUCUUCUCUCCUUGCCACCUUGAGGUGCCCUUCCAGCAAUAUUACGAUUGGUGUGUCUUUGAUGCGUGUGGCUGUGACUCCGGUGGCGACUGCGAGUGCUUGUGCACAGCCAUCGCCACUUACGCAGAAGAGUGUAACCGCAGGGGGAUCUACAUUCGCUGGAGAUCACAGGAACUUUGUCCCCUGCAGUGUGAAAAUGGACUUGUUUAUGACCCAUGUGGGCCAGCUUGCUCCCCUUCCUGUUCUAAUGUGGAGCAGAGUCCGCAUUCCCAAUGUGACGUCCUAUCUUGUGUGGAGGGCUGCUUCUGCCCCGCUGGUACUGUUCGAUAUGGUGACAGCUGUGCGGUUCCUACCCAGUGUCCAUGUGAGUGGGAAGGGUCCAUGUUUCCUCCUGGAAGUACCAUCACCCAGCACUGCCAGAACUGUUCUUGCGACGACGGGAUGUGGCAUUGCGAUGGGGUGCCAUGCCCUCGUCCUGCGCCGACCUGUCCGGAAUCGGAGUUUUCCUGCGCGAGCGGUCGCUGUAUCCCGUCUCAGUGGUUAUGUGACAACGAAGAUGACUGCGGCGACGGCUCUGAUGAGAUUUGUCCAUUCACCUGCUCACCGGAACAUUUCCGCUGUACCAGCACGCCAAGCGGCCCAUGUCUGAACCUGGCUUUGCGUUGCGAUGGCCACCCCGACUGUGCUGACCGAUCAGAUGAGGCCUUCUGCGGACCCGCCACUCCGGUGCCCCUUUGCCCACCAGGGGAGUUUCAGUGCGCCAAUGGGAAAUGUCUCUCAGCUAGUCGAGUAUGUGACGGACGAUUGGACUGUGGCUUUGCCGAUGGUUCCGAUGAGCAAGAUUGCGGUGUGGCGUGCGACGAAGGGGAGUUCCUAUGCGCUGGAGGACGAUGCAUCCUCUACCUCCAUCGAUGUGACGGCCAUGAUGAUUGCGGAGAUCUCAGUGAUGAACGGGGGUGUGCCUGUGCACAAACGGAAUUUCAGUGCCCAGGUGACCAGUGUGUCCCUUCAGAGAAAGUGUGUGAUGGACAUCGAGACUGCCCAUCUGGAACGGAUGAAGCUGUUUGUCCAACUCUAGUGACAUGUGGACCUGACCAGUUUGCGUGUAAUGAUGGCACAUGUGUUGCCAUCGCUAUGUUGUGCGACGGAGCACGAGAUUGCCCGGCCGGAGAAGACGAAAAACGAAGCAACUGCUACUCUUUCAUAACGCCAAUACCUUCACCUUUGACCCCGACAGUACCGACCUCAGGCACUUGCUGGUCCUAUGAGUUUGCCUGUGCCACCCGUGGGCAAUGCAUACCUCAAACCUGGCAGUGUGAUGGCGAGUCCGACUGUUUGGACGGUAGCGAUGAGCAGCAGUGUCCCUCACUUUGUGGUCCUGGCCAAGUUUCCUGCCUCAGUGGCGACCAGUGUGUGCAUCACCAACAACUUUGUGACGGCAAACCAGAUUGCCGUGAUGCAUCUGAUGAGAGCAUAGACAACUGCGGCUCAUUGUGGAUCCUUCCGUGUCCUGGCAGCUUCCCAUGUGACAAUCGCACUUGCGUGAAUAUGUCAAAAGUGUGCAACGGGAUCCCUGACUGUCCGCGGGGUGAUGAUGAACUUGUGUGUGGUAAAACCGUUUCACCAGCGCCCCCUGGUGAAAGGAACAUCACAGUUUCCUGUCCAGAAUUCACCUGUCUGGAUGGCUCAUGUAUCAGUUUCAACAUGAUGUGUAAUGGUGUGGCAGACUGCCCAGACUCCUCACUAGCACCGUUCGGGGGCCCCACUGAUGAGCAGGGUUGUCGAAGUUGGAGCUCCUGGGGUUCUUGGAGCCCCUGCAGCACCACAUGUGGUACAGGCUCCGUGACCCGGCGCAGAUCUUGCCCCGCGGGGGACAUUUUGCACCACUGUCGGGGUCAGGAUGUCCAGAAGCAGCAGUGCUUCAACACAACUUGCCCUGUGGAUGGUCAGUGGCUUCCAUGGGUGAGCUGGUCAAACUGUUCAACGGAAUGCGGAGGAGUGCAGAUCCGACACAGAGACUGCGUCCUGCCUCAAAAUGGAGGUCGAGACUGCUUCCAACUCCCGGGACCAUCUAACCUAAGCUUGGAAAUUAGGCCUUGUUCUGCGGACGGCUGCUCCAAUACUAGCUGUCCGACAGGCCUGGUGAGACACAACUGUUCCCCCUGCCCAAUGUCCUGCGCCCACAUCAGCAGCGGAACUACCUGCGAUCCUGCCGCACCCUGCUUCUCAGGUUGUUGGUGUCCAGAGGGGAAGGUCAUGAGCCAAACGCAACAGUGUGUGUUUCCGGAGGAGUGUGCGUGUGAGUUGGCAGGCGUGCGCUACAGGCCAGGUCAGCAGAUGAAGGUGGACUGCGAGAUUUGUGUUUGUGAGAGAGGAAGACCUCAGCGAUGCCAACCCAACCCGGACUGUUCCGUACAUUGCGCAUGGUCGUCAUGGUCCGAGUGGGGGGAGUGUUUAGGACCAUGUGGUGUGCAGAGUGUCCAGUGGGCUUUCCGGAGCCCAAACAACCCCACCAACCAUGGAGAUGGGAAAAACUGCAGAGGGAUCUAUCGGAAAGCACGUCGAUGUCAAACUAACCCCUGUGAUGAAUGUGAGUAUCAAGGCCAGUCCCACGCUGUUGGAGACAGAUGGAGGUCGGACCAUUGCCACUUGUGUCAUUGCUUGCCCAACCUCUCGGUGCAAUGCUCUACCUAUUGCCCGUAUGCCGUUACCGGAUGCCCUCAGGGCCAGAUUCUUGUGCCUGGGGAUGGAGACACCUGUUGUUACUGUCAAGCACGCGAUGAAAGUUCUGCAGUGACAGUCAGCCCCUCCCCUGUGACUUCCGAGCCAGGAAAGGACACCACUCCCACGGUGCCCACCUACCCACUCCCUCCUGAGGACUGCUGGUCUCCUUUGGGUGUUCAGUUUCUGCCGGCCUCCAGUUUCCACGCCUCAUCUCAGCAAAGCGGUCACCCCCCUGAGGCAGCCCGUCUUCAUGGUUGGGACCACCACACAGACCUUCAGGGCUGGAGUCCAGAACCUGAAGAGUAUAAGGAUCUACCACAGCGGAGCCCUGUGGGGCAGAGUAGCAACACACAAAGUCCCUUCAUCGAAAUUGACCUGCUGAAAGAAUACAACAUCACCGGGGUACUUACCCAAGGGGGUGGUGUAUUUGACACAUACGUUUCCAGUUUAUAUCUGCAGUUUAGCCGGGAUGGAAGACUGUGGUACAUUUAUAAAGAACUUGUGACUGCCGUCCAGCCCAGAGCUAAGGUUUUUCAUGCCAACCACAAUGAGGCAGGGGUCGCUGAGAUUAAAUUGGACAGGAUGGUGUCUGCUCAAUUUGUCCGCUUGCUACCACACGAUUUCCAUAAUGGCAUCUAUCUUCGUCUUGAGAUAAUGGGAUGUGAACCUGGUUAUCAUUUCUCAACCUUACCCACACCAACUUCAACCGUCUCACCAGCGGGUGGUUGCAAACAAAAGGAACUCCAGUGUAGAAAUGGACGCUGUGUGCCAGCCGGCCCGUCGGGAGUUAUCUGCGAUGGGGUCGAUGAUUGUGGUGACGGAUCAGAUGAGAUGUUCUGCGGCACAACAGUCCCGACUCCUCUCAGCUGCCCUGCUGGUCAGUACUUGUGCCUCCCACCAGGGGGCUGUAUCGACAUAGGAAAACGUUGCGAUGGGAUUCCCCACUGUCCCAGAGGAGAGGAUGAAACUGGAUGUCAUCCGCAUGAGAACAUCACCACUCAGUCCGACAGGCCAUACACCCCCACCGCCGCCCCUAUCAGGACUCCUUCCAAGAUCCCAGUGACUAGACCUGCAUUACCAACAACAGAUGGUGGCCCUGGAUAUCGUGGCAUAUGCUCAUCCGCACUCGGACUGGAGGAUGGAAGCAUUCGUUAUGGUCAGCUGACCUCAUCGUCCUCUCGUGAAAACAACCCGGCUGACGCUGGUCGGCUGAAUAUCGUUCCCAAUGUUCAAGUUAUGGAGCCUGGAUGGAGUCCUUUGCCGACAGACCUCCAACCGUAUUUCCAGGUGGAUUUCCUGGAACCCACGUGGGUUUCCGGGGUCGUGACCCAGGGCAGUGAACGUAUGUGGGGUUACCUCACGAAAUACAGACUCGCCUUUGCUCUGCACGAAAGCCUCUUCACCAACUAUACACAAGAUGGCAAGCCUGGAAGUCCUGCUAAGGUGUUUGAGGUACGGAUGGUGGGCCGGACUCCCGUGACCCGCUGGCUCAGUAGACUUGUCCGAGCCCGCUACCUUCGCAUCAUCCCUGUGGAGUUCAGGCACACGUUCAACCUGCGUGCUGAGAUCCUUGGAUGCAGAGGAGAUGAGCUGGUGACUCCCGGGAGUGUCACACCUUCUGAUGGUGGAAAAGGCUGUCAACCAGGCCAGUUUGCGUGCCGGCAGAGUGAACAAUGUGUUCCUAUUGCUGUGGUUUGUGACGGACGACUGGAUUGCAAAGAUCACACGGAUGAGAUGAAUUGCGGCUCUCCAGGUUUACAAAACAAGACUAGUCCCACAGGUGGACCAGGCUUCCAUGGUGACAGGACAACAGGUCCACCAGGUCUCCAAACCACCACGCUACAAGGUGGUCUGCCCGGUGUGGCGACAGCUGGAGUCACAGGACAGCCUGGACUUUGGAAAGCCACCACUACACACAUUGAAGUGACUACCGGCCAGCCUGGACUGCACCUCUCACCAUCGCAGCAGCCUGGAGGUCCUGGCUUACAAACUACAAAGCCUCAGUGGAGCACCACAAGCAGAGUGGGUUGUGUGGAAGGCCAGUUUGCGUGCAGAUCGUUUGGCUGUGUCGACUCGGCUCAGGUGUGUGACGGCAGGCGGGACUGUCUGGACGGGUCCGAUGAAGAGCGCUGCGGUUCCGUAGUAAGUCCAGUGACUACGCAGCGUCCCCUAGUGCCCACCCCCUGCUCUCCAAAGCAGUUCUCCUGUAAAAGCGGCGAAUGUGUUCACCUGGACCGCAAAUGUGAUCUGCAGAAGGACUGUGUGGACGGUUCCGAUGAAAAAGACUGCAUUGACUGCAUCAUGUCCCAGUGGACCUCAUGGAGUCUGUGCAGCGUGUCUUGCGGUCUGGGAUCAUUGUUUCGGCAGAGAGACAUUGUGAGGGAAGCGCUACCCGCAGGAUCCUGCACUGGGGGGCAAUUUGACAGCCGUCCCUGCUUCCAACGACCAUGCCCAGUUGACGGGCAUUGGUCGGAGUGGACGGUGUGGUCCGAUUGCGAUGUUCAGUGUGGAGGGGGUGUCCGGCAAAGGAAGAGAACCUGUUCUGCACCUGCCCCGAAAAAUGAUGGGAGGGAUUGCGAGGGCAUGAGCCAGCAGAGUCAGAGCUGCAACAGCCAACCCUGCACCAAAGACACGGGAACACAGACGGGUUGCGUCAACGGUAUGGUGCUGGUGUCCGAGGCAGACUGCCUGACCGGGAGAGUCGAGCCUUGCCCUCCAACAUGCUCGCAUCUCAGCUUCACCAAUAACUGUACUGAAGAAUGUAAACCAGGCUGCCGAUGUCCCAGUAGAAUGUACCUACAGGGAGGCCAGUGUGUGAGAGCAAGCCAAUGUUUCUGUCACUGGAACGGCCAAAAACUGAAGCCAGGACAGAUAAUCAGCAGGGACCAUUGUACUACAUGUACAUGUCAGGAUGGACAUGUGACCUGUAACUCAUCCAGUUGCGCAACAACCUGUCAUUGGUCAGCCUGGUCGUCAUGGUCACCGUGUGAUGUCACCUGUGGGCUCGGGCUCCAGCAACGCUACAGGUCUCCGGUGAAUCAGACAGGAUCGCUCAGUGGGUAUCUCUGCCCAGGAGACUCCUCUGAAGUCCAACGGUGCUCCAUCCCCUGCGACACUGAAGAACCAGAUGGGAUUUGGAGCAAAUGGACCAGCUGGUCCGAAUGCAGCAAGACAUGUUUCCAUCACGUAGACGAUGUGGGAAUCAGACAACGAUUCCGAAACUGCAACUACACCCACGCUCGCUCCGUGUGUGAUGGAGACAGCGCGGAGCAAGAGCCUUGUAACAUCAUCCACUGUGCAGUGGAUGGUGGUUGGUCUGUGUGGUCUGCGUGGUCGCUCUGCUCAUCCGAGUGUAAUUCCGGUGUCCAAACACGGGAACGAUUCUGCACUUCACCCUCACCGCAACACGGGGGGAGAAGUUGUGCCGGCCCACACGUUCAGACAGCGGAUUGCAAUGCACAUCCCUGCUCAGGUGCAUGCCCAGAAGGUAUGACGUACAUGACAGCGGCUGAAUGUGAGGCUCAUGGAGGUGCAUGUCCUCGGGUCUGCAUGGACAUGACCUCCACCGAAGUGCAGUGCGCCACCGCCUGCUACGACGGCUGCUACUGCGCACUGGGCUUGUACUUGCGUAACGGCAGCUGUGUACCUUUGUCCCAAUGCCCGUGUUACCACCAGGGGGAGCAAUACCCAGCUGGGGCAACUCUUCCAGUAGAUGCAUGCAACAACUGUACAUGCAAAAACGGAGAGAUGUCUUGCGGAAAUACUUCAUGUCCUGUGGACUGCGGUUGGAGCAGCUGGACUCAAUGGAGCACCUGUAGUCGAACAUGCGAUGUCGGUGUGAGAAGGCGGUACCGCUCAGGAACCAAUCCACCGCCAGCGUUCGGAGGUCGACCUUGUGAAGGCGAUAGAGUUGGGGUGGACACGUGCAGCAUUGAGCCAUGUUUUGGUGUAAGAGAACCAUGGAGUGAGUGGUCGGAGUGCUCAGUGACUUGUGGAGGAGGUUACAGGAGCAGAACUAGUGGGCCUAUCAGAGUCCAUGGCACAGCACAACAAUUCAGCGCCUGUAAUCUGCAGCCUUGUGGUGAUAGCAAAGUGUGUCCACCAGGGCAGGAAUGGAAGAAGUGUGUGAGAGGAGCAGUGUCAUGUUCAGAUCUUACGAUGGACCUCAGUCGGAACUGCACGCCAGGUUGCCAGUGUCCUACUGGAACUUUCCAACAGGAUGGCGAAUGCACCCAGGAGUCGGAUUGUCGCUGUGACGUUGAUGGAGAGCAGUACAAACCAGGAGACAUUAUUUAUAUUGACUGCAAAAACUGUACAUGUCAAGCAGGGAGACUUGUAAACUGUUCUCAAGCCAGGUGCACAGCUGAUGGCCAGUGGUCACCGUGGACUCCUUGGGGUCACUGUUCAGUGUCAUGUGGAGCAGGUCUGCAGUCCCGAUAUCGGUUCUGUUCCAGCCCUCAGCGCUCCGCCGAUGGCCCGUCGUGUCCGGGGCCUAACCGAGAGGACAAAGUCUGUGUCACCACCCCGUGUGACCGUGAUGGUGGUUGGGGUCCUUGGAGUAAUUGGACCCAAUGUACCAAGUCAUGUGGCGGGGGUGUUCAGAGCCGAAGGAGAGAUUGUGACAGUCCGAGCCCUGAAGGAGAAGGAAAUUACUGUGAGGGUCUCGGAACUCAGGUCAAAGCCUGUAACACUGCACACUGCCCAGUGGCGCCAUGCUCCAAGGUCCCAGGCACAGCAUUCAGUAGUUGUGGACCAUCCUGCCCCCGCUCCUGUGAUGACCUGGCACAUUGCGAGUGGCUUUGUGAGCCAGGCUGCUAUUGUACAGAAGGAAAGGUUUUAUCAGCUAAUGGAACGGUCUGCUUAGAGCAGGAAGAAUGCCCCUGCCUCGAUCUUACAACCGGCCGCCGGCUAGAACCUGGAGACAUGACAUUGGCUCCUGAUGGCUGCAAUAACUGCACCUGCGAGGGUGGAAAGCUUAACUGCUCCCAAAACCCGUGCCCAGUAUCAGGUGGCUGGUGUGAGUGGUCCACGUGGACUCCAUGCUCCAGGACCUGUGGGGCAGAGUCGGUAUCCCGUUACAGAAGCUGCAGCUGUCCCGAACCCAAAGCUAGCGGGCAACCCUGUUCUGGAGAACAGGAAAUACAUAACGGCGUUGGAGCUCAAAUCCAGAGACAGCCCUGUCCUGUUAUCACUUUCUGUCCAGUGCAUGGUUCUUGGAGUUCCUGGUCGGUUUGGUCGGACUGCGACGGGUGCGCAGGGUCAUCCAAUCGCACCAGAGAGUGUAACAACCCCCCUGCAAGAUUCGGUGGUCUGCCCUGCCUCGGAGAAGCCACGCAGAGCCGUGGUUGCCAUGACAACACCACUGUGUGCUCAGAAUGUGGUGGAGGCCAAGAGGAAUGGCCUUGUGGCAAAUCCUGUCCUCGCUCCUGUUCUGAUCUCCAUGGUGACACGGAGUGCCUGGACUCACCAGGAUGCAGCAAGUCUUGCGGUUGCCCUGGUGACACGGUCCUGCAGGAUGGCGUGUGUGUAACCAGGGAGGAAUGUCGCUGCAAAUACCAAAACAGCUCCGCUGCAGAUUCCAGACCUGGUGAGACUGAGUGGCAGUUUGCAAGUCACGGAGAAGAAAUCAUCACCGACUGCAAAAAUUGUUCCUGCCAAGCUGGAGUUUUUCACUGUCACUCACUCCCCGGCUGCUACGUCGACGGCGGCUGGGGCCAGUGGGGAGCUUGGUCUUCGUGCUCAAUUUCCUGCGGAGGAGGAGUUCACUUCAGGAGACGCCAAUGUGAUAAUCCAUCUCCUCAGGGCGGGGGAAGAGGUUGUCUGGGAAUUGGUGAACAGCAGAGAGACUGCAACACAAAUCUGUGCACAGACGCAGUGGAACCUUGGUUACCUUGGUCUCAGUGGUCGGUGUGCUCAGUCAGUUGCGGCGGCGGCCAGCAGGCUCGAUUCCGGACGUGCGGCUCGUCGGCCUGCAGUGGCGUUAGCCGCCAGAGCAAGACUUGCAAUACAGAGGUCUGCCUUGAAGUAGGCUGCCCCCCGGGCAGGCUGUAUAGGGAAUGUGAGCGAGGGGAGGGCUGCCCUUUUAGCUGCGACCACAUAAGCGGCAGGGAGGGCUGCUACAGCGAUGGCUGCGAGGAAGGCUGCCACUGCCCCUUGGACACUUUUCAACACAACAACAUCUGCCUGCAUGAGUGUCCCUGUUUAGUCGAUGAGGAGUUUCUAGUUUCUUUGCAGAGUGUUUCUAUCACCCCGGUGUCAUCUCUGCUCCUUCAGAACAUCUCUGAGGGAGUGGAGCUCCAACCUGGAGACACAUUGAUUCACGACUGCAGCUCAUGCAUUUGUGAGCACGGCAGAUGGAACUGCUCCUUAGAACACUGUCCAGUUGACGGGGGUCUGUCAUCCUGGGGAUCUUGGAGCUCAUGCUCGUUGUCCUGCGGCGGUCUUGGGCUGAAGACCCGCACAAGAGGCUGCACCCAACCUGCUCCGGCUCAUGGAGGAAAAACUUGCAUCGGGCCAUACCUUGAAACCACCUACUGCCAAGCCCCUGAUUGCCCAGCUGUUGGUCCUACAGAAGAACCCACCCUACCAGAUGAAGAUGCUGGUUUCACUGACUGGUCAACAUGGAGCCCGUGCACUAAAACUUGCACUGACGCUCGCUCUCCAGCUAUGAAGUCCCGUUAUCGUCAGUGCAUCAAACCCCCCUGCUUCGGGGACUCCCAUCAAGACAAAGCUUGCAACCUCCCCCAGUGCCCUGACUCGGACGGUGAUGAGCUCUGCGUUGGGGACGAUUGCGAGGAGAGGAACUGUACCUGGACAGAUUGGGGGAUGUGGGCUUCCUGUUCACGUUCAUGCGGCGUGGGCCAGCAACAGAGGAUCCGAACCUUCCUCGGCCCCGGCCCCAACGGCUUCUGGUGUGACGACAUCCUGGGGGGAAACAUUGAGCGCCGCUUCUGUAACAUCAGGCCUUGCAGAGUGGAUGCAAGCUGGUCUCGAUGGAGUCCGUGGUCCAGCUGUGAUAAGCUCUGCGGCGGUGGCCGCUCCAUACGUACCCGCUCGUGCUCCAGCCCUCCACCCAAGAACGGAGGACAGAAGUGCCGAGGAGAGAAAAACCAGGUCAAACCAUGUAACACCAAACCCUGCGAUGAACAAGGAUGCCCGCCGGGACAAGAGUUUGUGUCUUGUGCCAACGAGUGUCCACAGCGCUGCGCUGACCUCCAGCAAGGCAUCGAGUGCCAAACCAACACUGAAUGUCAACCCGGAUGCCGUUGCCCUAAAGGACAAUUGCAGCAGGAUGGAGCGUGCGUGCAUCUGUGGCAGUGUGACUGUGUGGACUCGCAAGGCCAAAUUUGGGCCGCUGGCAGCGGGCAUCAGGUCGACUGCAACAACUGCAGCUGCACCAAUGGACGAUUGCUUUGCACCAAUCACAGCUGCCAGGCCUCAUGCACUUGGAGCUCCUGGUCCAAUUGGGCAUCGUGCAGUGUUACCUGUGGGCAGGGGCAGAAAACCAGAUACAGAUCUCUAAUCUCCGAAACCGAAGGAACUGAUUGUCAAUUUGAGGAAGUCAAUCAUAAGCCCUGUGAGCCCGGGCCCUGCCCUCCUCUUUGUCUCCAUGACGACCAAGAGCUACGUGUGGGAGACACCUGGCUUUUGGGAGAGUGUAAACAAUGCACGUGCACCCCAGAGGGAGAUUUCUGCCAAGAUAUCGAUUGCACGGUGGAUGGUGGCUGGACUCCGUGGUCAGUGUGGUCGGACUGCUCAGUGACCUGUGGACGGGGGACACAAGUCCAAACCCGCGCCUGCAUCAACCCGCCCCCUCGUAACAAUGGCUCUCACUGUGAUGGUCCAGAGAGACAAAGCCAAGAAUGUUACGCUUCUCCCUGUCUAGAUGACCUUUGCCCUUGGUCGCCAUGGUCAGCGUGUUCCCGCAGUUGUGGGGCGGGAACUGUGGUGCGGCGUAGGGCGUGCGUCUGCGGGAAGAGAGGGACUGCAGCGUGUCCUGCCGAGAUUGAAGAUUUAACGAACCAAGAGGAGAACCAACUAUGUUUCAAACAACCAUGUCCAGAAUGCCCCAUGUCAACAUGGAGUGUUUGGUCACAGUGCUCAUGUGAGUCUCAAAGGCAGCAGCGCUACCGUGUAGCUGUCACCCCCGCCACUAGGGGGCAGCAGUGCACUCCCGUUGAAACAGAGAGCAAACCAUGCAGCCUCAGUCACUGUGAUGAAUGUGAAGCACCAUUCAUGUAUUCCCCAUGUGGCAAACCCUGUGAGAAGCUUUGUGACCUCUAUGGACGUACCGACCUGUGUUCGGGAGUCCGGGAGUGCACACCAGGCUGCUAUUGUCCUCCGGGGUUGCUGCAGCAAAAUGGUAGCUGUGUACCAUCAGAACAUUGUGGCUGCAUCUACUUAAAGGACCAACCUUCGGGACAAUCGCCAACACCGGUCACUGUUCCUCAGGGCUCAACAGUCACCAUCGGCUGCAGUACUUGCCUUUGUCACAAUGGGAUGUUGGAGUGUGACAUGAGAGAGUGUGAAGUCAUUCUCAGUGAAUGGUCCGAGUGGACGCCAUGUUCUCCCUGCAUGCCAUACUCCUCCCUGAACCCCAGCAGCACACUCCUGGAGGAUGCCGUCAAUGGAAGUAAAAUGGUUUCAGUCCAGAGGCGUUUCCGGGCCUGUUUAGACUUUGACUCAGGGUUUCCGGUAUCUGGAGAGGAGGAGAAAAAUCAAUGUCCACACCCUCAAGUUGAGGACAGGCUGUGUCCGGAUGGUAGCAUCUGCCGAGAUCUCUGUCAGUGGAGUGCGUGGAGCGCGUGGACAGUUUGCGCAGAGCCGUGCAGUGGUGGAGUCAGACAACGCUACCGCCAUCCUCUGGCCUCUCCGCCGGGACCUCUCUGUCGGAGCCAGCAGACACAAAGCCAGAGCUGCAACACGGGACUUUGCCCAGGUGAAAACUGUGAAGACAGGGGGCGGAUCUACCAAGAGGUCUGUGCCAAUCAGUGUCCUCGCAGCUGCACCGACUUAUGGGAGCAUGUGCAGUGUCUCCAAGGACAUUGUCAUUCAGGUUGUCGUUGCCCUGAGGGACAGCUACUGCAGGACACCCAAUGUGUGCCUGUGGCAGAAUGUCGUUGUGGCAUCCCAUCAGGCAACGGGACACUGGAGUUCAUGACGAAUGAAGAGCUCGUCGUGGACUGCAACACCUGUGUGUGUAAGAACGGCACUCUAGUGUGUACCGAUCUUCCCUGUCCUGUGUAUGAGCCUUGGACCUCAUGGACGACCUGCUCGGCUUCAUGUGGGCGUGGCCAGCAAACACGGACGCGCCUGUGCCAGAACAUUGAGGGCGGGCCCGCCUGUUCUGACACCACGCAGACGGAAAGCUGCGACUUGCGCCCAUGUCCAGUGGGAUGUUUGUUGAGCGAAUGGUCAAGCUGGAGUGAGUGCAGUGCCACGUGUGGCGGCGGCUUAUCAAUGCGCAACAAAACAAUCCUUCAGGAAUCAGAACCUGGUGGGACUGCCUGUGUUGGGCCUCUUGAGCAACACACUGUCUGUAACAGUGAAAGCUGCAGAACAGGGUGUUCGGAUGGUCAGGUGUUCAGUGAAUGUUCAGGUUCCUGUCCGUUUACCUGUGAAGACCUCUGGCCGCGCACUCAGUGUUUAGCAGGACCUUGCAAACCCGGGUGCUCCUGCCCACCUGGACAGGUGUUGCACGGAGGCUCGUGCGUGUCACAUGCACGAUGCCCCUGUUCCCUGCUCUCUUUGCCGUCCGCCUACCAAAGCGUGAAUAUGAGCACAGAAGUCGUGUCACCUGGAACAUCUUUCCAGCAUCACUGCAACAAAUGUGUGUGUCAAGGAGGAGUGUUUAACUGCACCUACAAGCUCUGCGACGUGGACUGUGAGUGGUCAGACUGGUCCCAGUGGAGUCCAUGCUCAGCGACCUGUGGCACAGGACAACUAAGCUCCAGCCGAACUGUGUUACGACCAAGCCAGUAUGGAGGAGUCCCAUGUGAGGGCUCGGACCACCGCACAGGUCCUUGCAUGGCCCCUGAUUGCGCGUGCCCCGACGGGGAACGAUGGAAAAGAAGGAGAAGUUUGUCAGAAGACGUUCCGCUGUGCGAGCGGAGCUGCGAGGACAUCUACUCCCCGACUCCCGUGAACUGCAAUCACUCCUCAGCGGGCUGCGUGUGUCAGGAUGGGCUUUACCGAAACACCCGUGGCGUGUGCGUCAUCCCUGCUCUCUGCCCCUGUCACGACGAGCAGGGCGUCAUGCAGGAGGCCGGAUCAGAAUGGGAGGAGGACUGCCUGUCGUGUCGUUGCGUGAACGGGAAGAAAUCGUGCCAGCCGAGGUGCCCCGAACUUCACUGUGAGGAGGGGCAAGUCAAAGUAGAAGAACCGGGCAGCUGUUGUCCAGUCUGCAGGAAACCUUUUCCAGGCGAGUCUACGCCAGAGUGCCGCCGCUACGUCCAAGUCAAGAACAUCACAAAGGGAAACUGUCGGCUUGACAACGUGGAGGUCAGCUUCUGCAGGGGGCGCUGUCUGUCCAGGACUGAUGUCAUCCUGGAGGAGCCCUACCUGAGGUCUGUGUGCGAGUGCUGCAGUUACCGUUUGGACCCAAACAACCCCGUCCGCUUCCUCAACUUGCGCUGUGACAGUGGCGAGAGCGAGCCCGUCGUCCUGCCUGUCAUACACAGUUGCGAGUGCACCAGCUGCCAAGGGGGUGACCUGUCCAGGCGAUGAGCAACGUGCGGAGAAUUCCAGUAACAUGUCAAUUCCGUGUACAUUUAAGAGAAGAGAUUUAUUUGGCCAAAUCAAACAAGCACCCGAUUUGGAGGGAAUGGAUCAAUGAACCGGAUGGAGAAAAUUAAACCCUCUUUAUGGCCACAUAAAUAUGUGGUCCUUAGUCAUUAUAUGACUGAAAACUAUUCUAUUAAUUCCUGUCCCUGUUAAAUCUUUGUCUUGUACAAACUUUUUUUUACCUACUUUAUUUUUAUAUGUUUUAUUAAAGGUUAUAGUGUUAAGCGAUUAUUAGUGUAGACUGCAUAUCGCCUUGGUGUUUUUUUUUUAUUACUACUUACCGUAUAUAGAUUUAAAUAAACCUUUAUACACAUGGAA